AUGGACUCGCACAUUCGAACCAGUCCCAUACUCCUCGCACCAGGCCCGACUGAAGUUGACCCAAAGGUCCUCAGGGCCAUGUCGUCGUUUGCAGAAUCACAUUUUGCCCAGCCAUUCUGCAACACGUUCGGCGAUGUGCUGACCAUGCUCCGCAAGCUCUUCCAGAGUCAAGACCCCAAUGCUCAGCCCUUUGUCAUUGGAGGCAGCGGAACCCUGGGCUGGGACUUUGUGGCAACCAACUUCAUUGAACCUGGAGAGCCAGUUCUCUGUCUCUGUACGGGAUACUUUUCCGAUGCCUUUGAGAUGUGUCUGGCCACCUACGGAGCCCGCACUACGAGGAUCACGGUGCCUAUCGGAGCUGCUCCCGACAUACAUGAGGUCGAGAAAGAAUUGAAAAAGGUCCGAUACAAAGCCUUGGUGGUGACCCACGUGGAUACGUCGACGGCUGUGUUGACACCAUUGAAGCCGCUGUCGGCGCUGCUAAAACGAGUGUCGCCCGAAACACUCUUGGUCGUUGACGGGGUCGCCAGUGUUGCGUGCGAGGAGAUCCAAUUUGACGCUUGGGAUAUCGACAUCGUUGUUACAGGGUCGCAGAAAGCCAUUGGCUGUCCUCCGGGACUCAGCAUUAUCAUGGUCUCCUCUCGCGCUCUGGACACCGCCAAAGCAAGGAAAACACCAGCAAACACCUGGUAUGCCAGCCUGGCACGCUGGCUGCCGAUCAUGCAGAACUACGAGAAAAAGCAGUCGAGCUAUUUUGCAACGCCCCCUACUCAAAUUGUCCAUGCUCUCCAUGCCUCCCUGACGUCCAUCUUAUCGCGCCCGCUAGAAGAACGAUUUGAACAACACCGGCGAAAAAGCGCCCAAGUGAAAGCUGUGGUCAAGGCAUUGGGCUUGACGCAGUUGACAACAGAGUCAGAGUACCAAGCCAAUGGCUUGACGGCAUUCUGGCUCCCUGAUGGUCUGUCGUCGAAGGAACUCUUGUCACGCGUCACUGAGAAGGGCUUUACCAUCGUAGGCGGUAUGCAUAGGGAGGUUGGUCAUCAAUAUGUAAGAGUUGGGCAUAUGGGAUACAGCGUGGUGGGCGAGCCUGAGAGACAUAUUGACUGUGGCUUAAAGGCCCUGAAAGAAGCAGUCACAGAAUAUUACGCCGGUGGAAGUGGCAAGGCUCUCCCUGGAGACAACCGCGAGACCAUGAGUCUGGCUAGAGCAAGCUUGUAG